AUGAACGGGCCAGUUAAAAGGCGAGAAGGAGUUUCGCUUCUUCAAGACAGCUCCUUUUUAAAUCAAUGGUUUCAACAACACUUUGAUGAAGAAUACCCAUCAACGUUACAAGCGACAAAUUACCUAUCAAGGAGGCAAAUGCAUGCUGAACGCAUACCUUGGGAAGAAAUUCAAGAAAAUCCUCGGGAAUAUAAAAAUCCAAUUUUGUUCUCAGAACCAGGACAAAGAGUCAUUCGAGCAAUAAGACAACUUUAUGGGACGAGACAAGGAGCUAUUGGCCAUUCUUGUGCGCCAAAACAAGGUAAGCCAUCUAGUAUUUGUAGUUAGAAAUUACAAAUUAUAUCCAGAGUAACGCCAUGCCAAGAGGGUCAAACUAUAAUCGCAAAUCAUUUCUUGAGAUGUUCACGCAAAAAUGGAGUAUUAGAUGCGCGGUAAGUUACGUUUUGUACCAAAUAAACUUUCCUACUUGACUUCUGUUUUAGCUUCGGAAUAUUACCAUAAAAAAUCACCCGAGUUACCGUCUGUUGAACGCAAGGAGGACUAUUUGACAAAUCAGAAUGACUUACUGGAGUUCAGUUUGGCCCCAUCUUGUGGUAUACAACAAAGACUACAGACAAAUGAGGGAAUACAAAGGUAUUAUCAAAUCUAUAAAUAAUUUUCCUCGUAGCUUGUCCAGUUGUUCUCAUAGUUAUUGCUAUAAACGUACGUUGUAGUUGUUGUUAUUGUUGGUGGUGCUUUUGUUGUUAUUGCUAAUAUUGUUGUUGUUAUUGCUGUUUAUGACUGCUGUCGUUGUUUUGUCAAGUUUAUGUUUUGAGCGGUUAGACUUUGAAAUCUCACUCCACCUGAAUCGUACUUCUAGAUAAACAAACAAACGUAUAUUUAGGCAUUGCCAUUGGAACUUCACCUUCAGGAGUGUGGUAAAGAUGAUUUUCAAGAUUGACUAUUGAAUAAAAUAAUUGUGUUAAUUUACUUUUAGGGAAGAAGAAUUGCUUUCCUUUGCCGGAAAAACAGGUAUAGUGAUGUUUUUAUCAGCUACCAUGACCCAAUGAGACUAACGGAGUUAGUCAGUUACAAAAAAAAAAUGUUUUCAACUUUUUUGGCUAGAAAAAUCUGCCCAGUCUCCUGCCUCGUGUUAACACUUCUAGCAACCCCCGUAAAAGCUGAUAGCUCUUCUAAAAUGCAUGGUACCAAAUAUAUGUUUUUUUCCAAUCGAAGGUUGUUCUUCUCCAAAGGAGAAAAAUGGCAAUUCUGAGAGCGGAAACGAUGAGCGUAAAAAUAAAAGGAAGGCACAACAAAGUUCUAUUACAAACUACUUCAAAGAAAGGAAAACUUUGCUAGUAAAGGAGGCCGUGAAAGUUAAACCAGCCAAUGCAAACAGAGGUAAACUAACCCAGGAAGUGAAUUGAAAUAGUAAAGAAAAAAAUUUAAACUUAAAUGCUCCAAAAGAGUGAAUAUGCCUAAUAGGAUUUAUAACUCUUCAUUACCCCUAAGAGGUUCACUCUAGAUUAACAUUUUUUCGAAUGUUUUUUGAGCUCAGAUCAUGUUGAAUUGAAUCUUAGACCUCUUAGAUCAACAGUAUCAAUUCAACAACGGCAUAGCAUAACGUACAUUUUCCCCAGCAGAUGCCUCCUGGGAGGAUCAAACAAGUGUUGCUACAGUCUCAACGAUGAAUCCAACACAAAGAGAGGAAUUCCAACAAUGCCUUGAAUCAGCAGAAGAAGUUGCUUGCACCUUAACUUAUGAAGACGGGUCGUCACUGCUAAGAUCAAGGAAACAUCAAGUGGGUGAUCGAUCUUUGUGUAAUUGGAUUACGUUCUGGACCAGUCGAGCCUUGAACUGAGGGUAUAUGGAGUGAAAACCUGGUCAUAAAAUUCUGCGUUCUUAAGGCUUGCCGAAAACGUUUUAUGUGCGAGUGCAGUUUUUGGAUAACUUUCAUGUUGUGAUUAUAAUUGUGCUUAGGAGUGCGUUAAAGCAAGCGGAAGUUUAUGCUCACACCCCAAGAGCGAAAAAAGCCUAAAGCUUAAUGUCAUAACUAAACAGAAAAACGAAAGAAAAGAAAACGUGUUGGUUGACUGAUUUUACUAUUUCACUCAAUAUUGUAGAAAACAAAGAAACAAGUAGAAGACGUGUGUGGCGAAAAGGUAAAACGAACACAAGCAUUUAAUUUUACCGUUAGUCAAAUGUUUUUUCCUACCACAUAAAGCUACUUGAAAUUGAGGUCACUCAUACAAAUCAUUAUUUAUCCUUGCUAGCGAAACUUAAAGAUUGUUGGUUUGGUUGUCGCAUUACCAAUAUCUGAGAUAACAACCUCAGGUUUCGUUGAUCACCCUGUACAGCGCCGUAAAAGUCGAUUGAUGGUCGUGGAGAUUCCUCUGUGCACGCAGGAUGGCGAUAUGAAAAAAUGGUGCAGGUGAAACUAAGGAAUUAAAUUUUAUGAAAAUAUUUUUCCUUUUUCCAGGUGUUCAGUCCACUUACGACAAUACGCAAACCCUUCCGCAAUAGAUUUUUCAAGUCCAUUGGAAAACUUCCUUCGAUCUCCCUUCUGGCAAUGCAAUUAUACUGUCGAAGAGGAGGCAAGAUUAAAUCGCAGUUUUAGCUGUAAUAAAAAAGGGUCCUUCAUGUGUUUUUACAGGACAGUGGUACAUGAUUUAAUGACGUCAUCGAAGAGAAAAAUCUGCUACGGUGCACAAUUGAUUAUACGCUAUUUAAUAGAGACUGCCCAUGCUGACAUCAGAACAGGUGAGCCCGUCUCUACAUUUUUGGCGCUAAACAAGGCUUUUCACCAUUGCUCCCCGAGAAAACUUUGAAGUCUCGUUUGAAUUGUGAUAUCACCUCGCCUUUAGUUUUUUUACACCAAGCCACCAAGCAAAAUAACCCAGAUGAUAGAUAUUGAAAAAUAAAGAUUACAUUACUGGUGAUGUCUACACAGAACUUUAUAAAUUAUUUUCCUUUUGUUUUCUCAGUGUGCCUCAAAUGGCGUCUUUUUGACCCAAAAAUUGCAGCUUGGCUUCUUAAUCCUGACCACCCUCCUCAGAGCUUCGCUGAAGUUCUAACCUCUGCUCAGCUGAGCCUGCCAAAGGUAAACAGCUGCAUCACAUAUAUUCCUUGUCUAGAAUGUUUUAAUUGUUACUCCUUUCUUUCAUUUCAUAAUAUUUUUAAAGUGCAAACCGAAAGUUUCAUAUAAACGGCCCAGCUAAUGAGGGUUUUGCUCUUUCAUGUGCAGGGCGGCAAGGAAGAUGAUUGUAUGGUUUGUCACGAUAUUGCGAUGCUUGGACCUGUUAUGGUUAAGCAACAUAGCAUGCUUAAGGUAAACGAAUGAACAAGAUAGGAGAAAGGAAAUGUCAUGAGAAUAAUUGAAAACAGGGUAUAAUUUCCUGUUUUGCAAAAAGGUAGACGUUACUGAGAGAAUAAGGCGUCAGUGAAGCAACAUGUCUCUUAUAUGGAAAACAGCUUUAAUUUUGUUCUCUCAGGCACUAUCACUUUGGGAUUUGUUCAUCAACAUGGAGACGCCCAUUUGUUCGAUGUUAGCAGGUACUGCCAAUAGCUUUUUGUUUCGUUUCCUCUCCUUUCUUCUUUUCAAUAGGGCUAGUUGGGGAAUAUUUUCCCUGAAGACAUUUAAUAUCACCAUUCGUGACCAUUAAAAUAGUAAACCUAAAUUUGUUUAUUUUUUUAUUUAGUGAUGGAGACCCAAGGAAUCAACAUUAACACUCAGGUUUUGAUUGAGGCGAGCAAUACUCUCAAGGUAAAUUAUAGUUUCAGUAUUAUUGCCUUAGAGUGUCAUUAACACCCACACCAAAGCAUUUAAUGACAACAACAAAUAUGGUUUGACUUCAGAAAAAAAGCAAGCCAGACGUCUAAAUAAACCAGUGGGAACUGAAAAAGAGUUUUUGAGAGCUUAAAGCUACCAUCUGGAAAAAAGAAAUGUGGUCAAUUGAAGAUUGGUUUUGAAUCAGAUCGUUCAAAAAUAUGAGAUACUUUAUACGUUAUUGUAAAAAAAGAGUGUUCUGUAUGUCUGUUGUUUUUUUGUUUUGUUUUUUUUCACGCUCCGGUGAAAAUCAGUGGCUUCCUUUGACAUUCUUAAUAGGUGAAUAUGCUUCAGAUUGAUCAUAGUCCUGAUCUAGACUUUUAGGACGUAAGCUUCAUGUUGCACCAACUUCACUGACUAGUACCAUUAUGAUUACAGAUUAAAAUUCAAAAGGUCGAAGCAGAUGCUCAUAAGGUAUGAACAAAAAGCCCGAAAGAGUUAACAGAAAGCCUCUCGCGGCAGCUCUCAAAUAGGCGACGUAGCAUAGUGCUCAGAUGCUAUACAAGUGCUGCUCAAAGAUAUCCAAUUUUUUUUCCUUAACAAUUUCUUCAAAAAUUCCCUUCCACUGUUUGGGCGGCGAUGCUGAGAAUUUGACAACUGCUUGAUAUUGAGCCUGGUUAGCACAUUAUUUGCUUUGAAUGACUGAAAAAAAGGAGGCCUUUGAACUGAUAACAACAAUUGUCAUUAUUUGUUCUUUUGGCAGGCUGCAGGACACCCGUUUCUGAUCAACAGUCCUCAACAGCUGAGAGAGGUAUGGUGCCCUAAAAUCGUAAAUCAAGGUCAUUACCACAUGUUCAUUAGAAAUUUUAUGGUCUUGUUGAAGGUGUUAUUCGAGGAGUUGCGUUUGGACCAGAAGUGCAAAAAGAAGCUUGCAAGAACUUCCAUCAAAAACUACAAGUCUACCUCAGAAGCUGUGGUUAGUAGUAUAGUUGUCUACACAUCGACCACGUACAAUUUGACGGCUGCAAGUUUGUCAGAUUAUAUCUGUGGUGUUUCAUGUGAACUAUAUUUUACUGUUACCGUUAACUAACCGAAUAGCCGAUCAGUGAACUGAAACCUGAAAUAAAUUUGAUUAUUUCUAUGUCCUUUUUCAGUUACUCCACCUAAAGGAAUUCCACCCUUUACCAAAACUCGUCCUGCAAUAUAGACACGUAUGUUUAACAGCAUUUUCCUUAACGUUUGCCUUAAACGCAUGCCAUAUGCAGCUAAGUUCAAUACACUUGAUAAAGGCUUCUCACGUAGAGUCUUAGAUAUUUAAAGACAUUUAGAUGUGAAAAGAGAGGUGAUGAAGCCGCGAUUACUAGUUUUCUGCUGAAUCAGUUGUCUCUCUUCAUCAACAGCUAACUAAAUUGAAGUCGACGUACUUUGAUGGAAUUCUUUCCCAUAUUAAUGAGGUAAAUGUUACAAAUAAACAAUGUCUGGUAUUUUUUACAGUGCACGUUUUCUCCUUUUGUUGGUAAUUGUUGCAAUGUUACUGUUUUUGUAUAUCUCUCCUCUUUGUUUUGUAGGGAGUGCUGUCUACGAACUGGUAAGUUUGCUAGUGUCUCUGAUGUUCGUUGGUUGGUUUUUGAUUAUUUCCUCCGUAGCUUUGCUGCAUUUUACUUUCUUUUGUGUCCUUUCAUAGCCUAAUUUCUGCUUGCCCUUGAGGUCCUUCUUUCCUCGUCUGUUCCAUUGUAGCAUAACUAUGUCAAACGAACUACAGUCAACUCUCUCAUACGCGAACACCCACGGGGAAUGGAAAGAGUGUCCGUUAGUUGAACUGUCUGCCUACGAGAAUUAUUCCCACAAGUGGACACCAAAGAAAAAUUGGAUAGAUGUCCGCUUGCGAAAGAUCGUUAUGUAGGACACUUCUUAAGGUCAAACGUUUACCGACAGCUUACUUACUUACAAAAAAAAUGGAGAUUUGAAAAAACCGAUCCAACCGUGCUGUUGCUCUGUCAAAGGUCACCUUUUUGUUGAUUUUCAAAUUCAAGACGUAUUUUAUCGUCAAAAGUCAAUUAAAUGAUAUGCACGGGGUAUCCGCUUACAAGAGAGCGUAACAUUUUCACCAUAAAAAGUGUCCGCGCCGGCUUCCGAGAGAGUGUACGCCUGCGGGAUUGUUUAUAUACAGAGUUUGACUGGGAGGAAAAAAGUGUCCGUAAGUAAAAUUGUUCGCUCUGAGAGUGUUCGUUAGCGGAGAGUUGACUGUGGUUAUGGCUGCUGUUGUUGAUGCUCACUCAGUUUCUGGCUCUAUCAUUUUUUUUAAAUACGUAUGCUUGCAACCAAUCGCAUGAUUAUCUUGUAGAGAAGUACAGUCGUAGCAUGAAUUUGUGAUGAUUUAAGUGAAACAUUUUAUCUUUUAAACAUCUGUAGUAAAUGAGAUAAUAAUCAGAGCUCUGCGAUUUUUUUCCAGGGACCAGACGGCGGCGGCCACAGGGCGAUUGACCUCAGCCAAUCCGGUAAGUGCCCCCUUGCACAUGCAUGGGGUGAAACAAAUCCUGGUAAAUAAUCUUUUGAAUGCAUUAUCGAAAGAGCAGUAAACAACGGCACGUGCAUGACCCAUUGCUUGACUGCAGACAACAAUGAUAUUUAAAGCACCAUGCAAUUAACACUAAGAACAUAACUCGUACUGAAUCUUUGAUAUUCAUGGACAUGUUAUCGGUUAUUUAGAUGUAAAAGAAUGAUAAAAUGUUAGGAAUUGACGACCUUCUUGAUCUUUGAUUGUCACAUCACCCAAAUGACUCACUCUUGAACCAGAAACUAUCCAAUACUUUGUGUUAGGUGAACGCAUUGUGUAAUUUGCUUGUUUUGUCUUCAGAAUCUUCAGUCUGUCCCAAAACAAGCGAUUGAAGUCUCCGGAAUAAAGAAACAGCUUAUCGUCGGUGAGGAGCGAAAAGUAUUUGGUGACGUAAAGUUGAAGUUUGCGUCUCCUUCGGAGAACUUUUGAAUGGUUAAUUACUGGUUGUUCUUUUUCAAUCGGGCACAAUAUACAACUACUCGCUUCAGUAGUGUUCUUAGCUGCGAGGAUCUCCUAAUUUCAUCGGGCUCAAUAUCUUUAUUAUCUGGGGAAAGUGUUUUAUUUCUUUUAAGUAAGUGACGUCACUAAGUAAGCCACUGAGAGGUGAUGAUUCUGUCACAAUUCUUAACUAUAGGUAAACCAGAAGAGGUAGUGACAAUCUAUGCACGGAAUGCUUACAGAAGUAGAGAAGGCUGGCUGUUACUUACAGCAGGUACACCUAAAACCUGAGGAAAUUAUUCACUUCCUCUUCAAAAGAGGGGAGGUGUUUAAUUUAUGUCAAACUUUUGUUGGUUAGGACAAUUCCAAAACAGACUGGAACUGUCAAUCAGUAUGAUAAGAUUUUUUAUCAUUCCUAAGGCGUACUCGGAGAACUUAAUGAGCAAAAUUAUCUGAUGAUUUAAUCAUUGCUUCACAUUCUUUACAGAUUUUCAAUCAAUUGAAUUGCGCCUGUUGUCUCACCUGUCAGAGGAUCCUUCACUGGUUCAAAUAUUCAAUGACAAGCAGUGUGCAGACGUAUUCACGACGCUUGCCUCACAAUGGUAUUAUCUGGGUUUUAUUGCCGGAGAAAAAUGAUUUCAAUAACGUUAUGCACCAGCCAGAGUCCCAUUAUUUUCUAAUGGCACUGGUCUCAUUAAAGUCUCGAUGAGAAAUCUGAUCAGAUCAGUAACUGACAACAACUUCUAAAAAAAGAAAAGUUCAAAUCACAGUUCAAUGCGAACCUUCUUCUGUUCUUAGGUUGGGGAAAAGCUGUAAAGAAAUCCAACUUCACGAGAGAGAGAGAACUAAGCGAAUUGUAUACUCUGUUAUCUACGGUGUUGGUACGAAAAGUUUUGUAUUAUAAUGAUAACAUAACCCUAAAAAUAUUUUAAACGGAUUAUGCAAAAUAAACGGAACGACCAACAGCGGUGAAGUGUAAAUUUUUUUUUUUUCAUCGUUUUACAGGAAGUGAAAAACUUGGACAAACUCUCAAAGUGAGCGCCGAGGAAGCAAAGGGAUUUAUGGAAAGCUUUCUAGGUCUCUUGAAAAUCCUGUCUUAGAAACAACGUCCAUUCACUCGUGCAUUUCUCAUAGUAGGUGCUUGUCAUCCAUCCAUAGCCUAAGAAUUAUUUUUAUUCAUGUUGUGUUACACCAGGGCGAUUCCCUCGAAUAAAAGAAUUUACUAGAAGCAGUAUCGAAAGUUGUCAGCGAAAAGGUUGGUAGUGGAAUGCCAUAUGUUGUGGAAGUUUGUUGCGUUUCAGUCGUUCAUUUAUUCACUCAUCUAAUCAUUCUUCAGCCCUGCUGCCUCUAGGUAUUUUUAAACAACAUUUCAAUGUGCAUGUUUUUCAUGGAUCGGGUGACAGGUUCCAUCACGACGGAGCUGUGUGUUUUACACCUGGACUAGUAGGAAUUCUUUCUUUUGUUGUAUGCAUGCUUAGAGCGCAUUUCCACUGAGCGUUGAAAAACAAAGACCAAAGUUAUCAGAACAGCCGAUCAGAGGAAAGGAAAAUAUCACAAGAAGCUAUGGAGAAAUCAAAACAAAAACAAGAACACUGCGUGUAGCGCGAGACAACGCGUGCGACUAACUUGCAUUGCGAUUAGUUUUAGUUUUCAAUCUGAUUGGUUGAGAGGAUGGCGCGAGUUUUCUGGACCAAUCAAAUAAAAUAGCUUGUGAAAUAAAGUAAAACCAGCCUUCACGACUGGUAGCACUUCUUUCUUUUCUCAGGUUACGUGUCCACAAUUCUUAACAGAAGACGGAGGCUGCCACAUAUUAAGUCCUUCGACUUUACUCAACGGUCACAGGCUGAGCGGCAGGCUGUUAACUUCAUCGUACAAGGUUUCUCCGUUUUUUCUUUUUUCUUUUUUUUUCUGUUUUUUUUGUCUUUUUAAGAAAAACGUUUCUUAAUUGACCACAAAAUUCUCUUCAGUUUUCCCUUUCCCAUAAGCCCCUUGGGUAUUACAAAACUGAAAUCACUUUUUCUCGCAGUCGCACUUCACAAAUAGUUCAUUUUUUGAUAGGUUUAUUAAAAUGUCUUUUGUAAACUGAUUAAAGGUUCAGCAGCGGACAUUUGUAAAGCAGCAAUGAUACAAGUCAUGAUAGCUGUAUGCAAGGAUCCUUAUGUGAACGCAAGGUAUACGUAAUGUUGCAUGCUCCAUUUAAUUGCAUUCUGCAACAGCUAAACUUAAUUAUGAUUAGCCUUUUUUUUACGCAAAAAUCUACUACCACUUAUGUUUAUUUUAUCCUGACGAGUUUUUGUUGUUUCAUCUGUUUUAUUUCGUCUCUGUCAGUUUGUUUUUUGUCCAUGUUCUUGCUUUGUCAAGCUUCCCUUCUUUUACUUCUACCUUGUUCGAAUGACUUAUGUAAGUAAUUUUGAUAUCUCAAAAGUUUGGUUCGUGUCCGUUUUGUGUAGAUUGCUCCUACAAAUACAUGAUGAACUCCUUUUAGAAGUUCCUGGGGACGAAAUCAAAAGAGUGGCAGGUAAGACUUGGAAAUCAACAAUCUUCUUUUUUCGGCAGGCUCUUGUAGAAAAAUUCAUGAUGAGCGAUGAUGUAAUCAGUAGUAACGCAAGAAUAAUUUUGAAUUCUUCUUUGAUGGAUACAGCAUACAUCAAAUCGAUUAUGGAGUCUACAGAAGAACUGCUUGGUAGCAAAGUCAAGCUGAAGGUAAUGGGCUGGUAUAGACAAUUAAGCUGAUUUAAAAAAGAAUAAACUUUUUAUUGUGUAAAGUUUGGUAAGGGCUCAAGUAUCUGCAGCUUUAGCGCGGUACCAAAACCGCUGGUACUUGAACCUUUACCCCACAUGUUAAACGCGUGUUGCGUUGCCACAAUUUUACCAUUCUGCCUUAAAAUGACAGAAAAGUUAGCUUAUUCAAAACUUUUAAUUUAGUGAUAAAACAUUUAACCUACAACAUCUAUUUUACAUAGGUACCCCUUCCUGUGACUCUCAGCAUUGGAAAGACCUGGGGACAUAUGGAAACCCUCUCUAUCUGA